AUGUCACUGGGCAUGCUCGAGAACAGCUUGAAUCAAGAAAACAAACCUGUUGUUGUUGUUGUUGUUGUUGUUGCUGUUGUUGUUGCUGCUGCUGCUGUUGUUGUAAUUGUAGUUGGCGCUGUUGUUGUUGUUGACGAGAGCCUGCUUCCCUGCGUUUUGAGUUAUAGGUUCUCUCAGAAUGAUGUACUGACGCCGGUGGACUGGACACAUCAUGGACAGAGCCGUAAGGUAUUGACUGAAAGUUGCACUGGAUACAUCCAUACAUAA